AUGGGGGACAGACUCACGCAGCUCCAGGAGGCUAUGGACGAGCUCCUGGAAAUGUUCCUCUCUGCUUUCUUCUGGGUCGAGCGCCACCACGACCUCAAAACCUUCGGACCAAACGACAAGAUCCCCGAUCUCAAAGCCGACCAGCCAAAAGAGGUCGACACCAAAUCCCCAGAAGAAUACAAAGCCGGCCAGCUGCAGCUCGCAAGGGAUAUCAUUGUGAAAGAGCAGCAGAUUGAGUAUUUGAUUUCGACGUUGCCGGGGCUGGAUAAUAGUGAGAGGGAGCAGAUACAGUUGUUAAGGGAGUUGGAGGAUGAUUUGGUAACGGCGGAGGCGCAGAGGCAAGAAGCGCUGAAGGAGAGGGAUGAGGUGUUGGGGAAGUUGGAUGCGCUUUUGAGGGGGUUGGAGAGGCCUUAG